GAAGGGAUAAAUCGACGACGACUGUUUCUCUCACAUAGACUAACCUUAGUCGUCGUCUCCGGCAGAGAAAUUUCGGUGAAGUAAAGAGAAAGAUCGAAUCCGAUUGAGAGAUGGAGAAGUCUGUGGAUCUAGUACCGGCGAUGGUUGUAUUUCUCGCCGCAGUUCACGUUAUCGCCUUGGUUUACUGGAUUUAUAGAUUGGCCUCUGAUCGUCCACCUCAGAGAAAAAAAUCUCAGUAAGGAAACGUCGAUUUGGACUGCGAUUCAUCGAUUUGGUGCGUUGUCGUUUCCGAUCUGAUAUUGCGUUUAUUGGCGUUUUUGUGAUUGUUAAGUUUUGAUGAUGACUUUGUCACUUAGUAUUUUUUGGAAUUCAACUAGUAGUUUCUUGUGGUUAUGGGAACAGAUAGAUUUUGUUACAUUUCCAAUUUCAUGUUUUGUGCACUGAUUAUAGAGAUUUAACAAAAGUUACAAAA